AUGGUCAGCUCCAAGAAGCUAGCUCAACUUUCCAAGAAGUGGCAGGGAGUUGGUAACAUCGGGCGAAGAAGGGUAACAAUACUGGACAAGGAGAUCCAUCCAUCAUGCGGCACAGUUGCAGGCAAGGGCCACUGUGUUGUGUACUCUUUCGAUGGCAAGCGGUUCGAGAUUCCCUUGGCGUGCCUCCGCACCACAGUCUUCGAGGAACUCCUCAGGAUGUCUCGGGAAGAGUUUGGGUUUACAUGUGACGGAGGGAUCACACUGCCCUGUGAUGCAGCAACGAUGGAGUAUGUGAUGUGUUUGCUAAGGAAAGAAGCCUCAGAAGAUGUUGAGAGGGCACUCCUCAGUUCUAUAGUGAUAACUUGCCACCACCCGAGCAGAAUGAUGCAACCACACGGCGGACUUAACCAGCAACUUGCCGUGUGCAGUUCCUAG